AUGUCUCAACCAACUGAAUCCGUCAUAAUCAUCGGUGCCGGCAUUGUUGGUUCUUCUCUUGCAUAUUUUCUUUCCCAAUCUCCAACCCCAAGAACCAUAACCCUAAUCGACCGUUCAUUCACCACUCUCCUUGGCUCAUCCGGAAUAGCGCCCGGCUUCAUCGGCCAGUUCAAUGAAUCCGAGGUCCUCACAAAACUUGCAAUCGAUACUGUCUCGGAAUAUGUCAAAAUACCUGGUGGCUUUGACAGAGUUGGCGGUCUCGAGAUUGCAUUCCAAGAUGAGGGUAUCCAGCGAUUGAAGGCGAGAUGUGAGGCUGCGAAGAGACUGGGACUUGAAGCCAGAACUUUGAGCAUCAAGGAAGCACACGAUCUGGCUCCUGAGCUGGUUAAUGAGGACGGCGAAGGGCAGGCGGUCUUCUUCGAGAAAGAUGGAACCGCAAAUGCCGCGAGAAUAACGACUUGGUAUCAACAAGAGGCGAAGAAGCGUGGAGUCAACUUGGUGGAAGCCGAUGUGAAGCAGCUCGCCAUCUCGGACGGCCGCGUUACAGGCAUUGAUGUUGUUGAAAACGAGACAUCGCGUCAUCUCAGCGCCGAUAGAGUCAUCAUCACAACUGGAAUUUGGGCCCAAGGUCUCUCAUCUAACCUCUCUUUCCCUGUCCCAGUCAUCCCCGUCGGUCACCCCUAUAUGCACGCCCAACCCCACGAACCAAUUCCGCACAAGAUACCGUUCGUCCGCUGGCCAGAACACCACGUCUAUGCACGCGAUCACGGUACCAAUUUCGGCAUCGGAAGUUAUGACCACGCACCUAUCGGUUACAAGCCUGACACCACUGCCAAGGGGGAUUGGGUAGACUGGUUCAAGCAACCUCUCGACUUUGCUACAGGUUUACUUCCUCCUGCUGCAGCCCGAGAAUUUCAAUAUGGGAAUUACUUCAAUGGAGUGUUUAGUAUGACGCCAGACAAUAUGCCACUGGCUGGAAAGGUUGAGUCUGUGGAUGGCUUAUUCAUGGCUGUUGCGGUCUGGGUUACGCAUGCUGCUGGUACGGCCAAGCUUCUUACAAGGAUCAUUGACGGGAAAGAAGUGGAUAACAAGACAAAGGAGGCCCUUGGUCCUGAGAGGUUCAAGGGGCAGGAAUUUGCGGAGUUGGAAGAGAAGUCGUUGGCGGGCUAUAACUCUAUCUAUAAGACUGUUAAGUCAGGCUCGGCUUAG